CUGAGGGACAUGCUGCAAAUGAUGGAAGGUUGCAAAGCCCAAGGUUUCGUCUACGGGAUCAUCCUUGAGAAUGGUAAGUCGGCUACCGGGACAUCGGAUAAUCUUUGUGAGUGGUGGAAUGGGAAAGUGAGAUUCAGCCGAAACGCUCCCGUUGUUAUCGAGAAUUACAAGUUAGAUCAUGCAAUUCCUGAUCCGAAAAGAGGCCUUGGGGCUUUUCCCCCUCGUUCUUUGCACGAACUGCCGGACAUCACAUUGGGAUGUAUCUUGUCUACUCUAACACGGCUCUGUAACCCAUCUCAGAGGAAGUUCCCCAUCGAGAAGGGUGUAGCACCACCAUGGUGGCCCUCCGGAAAUGAGGAAUGGUGGUCCGAAUUGGGCUUACCAAGAGAUCAAGGUCCUCCACCGUACAAGAAACCUCAUGAUCUGAUAAAGAAAUGGAAAGUUAUUGUAUUAACGGCUGUAAUCAAGCAUAUGUCACCUAAUUUUGCCAGGAUCCGAAGGCUUGCUAAGCAGUCUAGGUUCUUUCAUGAAAAGAUGGCGGCCAAAGAUAAUCUAACUUGGCAGGCUAUACUUGAUCAGGAGGAGACGUUAUCCAUGAAGCUCCGCUAUGGGAAUAUCUCUUCUAUGUCUUCUUCUGGUCGCAGUACUGCAUCCUUCAUCACCAUCAGUGACAACAGUGACCAUGAUGUUCAAGGGGUUGAAGUUGAGUCAAACAUGGAAGUACAACAGUCGGAGCCCAGCGAUAUGAAUCUGUCCAAUCUUGGGGGAGUAGCGGGAUUAGACAGAGCAAAUGAAAGAAUCACGGCUCAGCCAUCGGAGAGAGAAAUCAGUCACUUAGAUUUUUUCAGGAAGAGGAAGUCCUCGGAUGAUCUGCAAACCGUGGUAGAAAGUAACCGUGUGCAUAAACUUCCAUGCCCUUCCAGCAAUUAUUGUAGUGGAUUUCUUGGCAGGACUUCGAGAAACGAUCACCUGGCCUCUAGCGCACAUGAAAGCUAUCCUUCUCAAGGUCUCGACAUCUUAUCAAAUUUUCAGAUUAAUGAAGAGAGGGAACCACCAGCUUUCUCUAUGUUAUGCCCUCAAUCGAGUCAAGCUUCUAUUUCAUCUAAUGCAAAUGAAAUUCAAAUUUCCUGCCAAAAUCCAGCUGCAACCCCACCACCUAUAGAGGACAUUUCUCGUUUUGAGAAAGAAGAUGAGCAUGUGGAGAACUCGAUUGAUAACUUAGUUUCAUCCUCUGAUCCAAAUGUUCCGCAGGUGAGGAAUCCUAAUAAUCAUGUGUGGUUUGAUGGGGUAAUAGAUGAUCAAAGUCCCAUCCGGAACAAAGUGCAACUUGUUGAAAGUAUGGGGGCUGGCCACAUCUUGGAAGAAACUAGCAAUGAAGUUGACAGUACUCCCAUGAGUCCAAACAUGAAUCUAUCCAUGGAUCAGAACAUAUUUCCAGUGCACGAAAUUCAGUUCGAGCAGAACCUAAUUAUAAGUGAUAUCAAUACUGAUACCUUCAGUUUUAACUCUAAUUCCAACAUGGCAUAUAAUGAUUACCAUAUGCAAGAAGAGAGCAUUUCCCUGUGGAAUUUCUAA